AUUCGAACUACAUUUCCCAGGAGGCCCUGGGGUUAGACUGGCCGCAGCUGGAGAAGUGCCAGCCCGUCAUGGAUGACUGGAGCCAGCCUCUUGCCUUCCGUCUUCCAGGCAGAGCCACAGAGAGACAGGCUGCAGCCGUCCUGGCCUCCCUCCGGCCCUGAGAGCUCUCCGGGCCCGUCUCAAGCGUUACCGUCUCAAGCGCAGAUUGCCGGCUCUGAACGGGGAGACCAGGCUUCUGCACCGGAAACAAGGCACCGGUUGUGACGUAACGGCUGCAGAGCGCCCGACCUCCCAGAAGGCACCGCGUCCCUGCAAUUCUCCUCAACUGGUCACGGCGCGAACGAAUAGUCGCCGGUGACCUGUGAGGGCACUCGGAAGGGCGAGGGGAGGGCUCGGCCGCUCGCGCCUAGUUUUUCUAUCUCUCCCGGACCCUGAGUCUCUGAGCCGUCCCCAGCAAACGCUCAGGGGCUACAGAGGCCCCGAGAGGUGAGGGGCUCCGUGAGGGCGGGAACCAGGCUGAGGCCGCCUCUGGGGAACGGAGCGUGUCCGUUGCUGAGGGAGAAAGGCCGGGUAGGGAGCCUGGUGAGCGCCUCAGGCAGGGGCGCACGCUGAGCUUUACGGUAAAGGUGUUCCUUGACCAGCGGAAGAGGCCCCAGAGUGAGCCUGGCCCGGCGGGCCUUAGUGGGAUGUCGCCUGCCGCUCUCAGCAGAGCUUUGACGGCGGAGAGGAGUCGGCAGGCGGUGUGUGGACCCCUCCUCGGCCUUGCGUCUGCUCCCCGGGAGAGUCACCAACCGCCUCCCCGCCCAAAGGGCACCGGAGGGAGCUUCGGUUCGAGGGGUACAGUAUGGCCAGUUUCAGUGACCAACCUGCUUCUAGGCGGAUGUCCUCGGUAUUGACCCCAGAUUUCCUGUCUUCUAGCCCAUUGCUCUUUCUCCAGACCUGAUUCAACCUCUUCCUGCUUGGCUCUCUGGCAGAUUUCCUCUAGUAAGAGGUGGCUCUGGAGGCCCCGCGAAACGAGUGUGGUGUGUGGUUGCAAGGCAUGAUGGCUGCAAAAGUGGUUCCUAUGCCCCCAAAGCCAAAGCGGUCCUUUAUACUGAGAGUUCCACCAGACUCCAAGCUGGGCCAAGACCUACUUCGAGAUGCCACUAAUGGGCCCAAGACCAUCCACCAGCUAGUGCUGGAGCACUUCCUCACCUUCUUGCCCAAGCCAAGCCUGGUCCAGCCCAGUCAGAAAGUCAAGGAGACCUUGGUUAUUAUGAAAGAUGUGAGCUCAAGCCUUCAGAACAGAGUGCAUCCUUGUCCCUUGGUGAAGCUUCUGCCCAAAGGAGUCCAACAGGAACAAGAGACAGUGUCUCUGUAUUUGAAAGCUAACCCUGAGGAACUGGUGGUCUUUGAGGAUUUGAAUGUAUUUCACUGCCAGGAAGAAUGUGUGAGCUUGGAUCCUACUCUCACCUCAGAGAAGGAAGAUGACAGCAGUGUCGGGGAGAUGAUGUUACUGGUCAAUGGCAGUAAUCCUGAAGGUGAAGAUCCUGAGAGGGAACUUGUAGAAAAUGAAGAUUAUAGAGAAAAGUCUUCAGAUGAUGAUGAAAUGGAUUCUUCCUUGGUCUCUCAGCAGCCUCCAGAUAACCAGGAAAAGGAAAGACUAAAUACAUCCAUUCCACAAAAAAGGAAAAUGAGAAAUCUGUUAGUUACCCUUGAGAAUGAUGCUCCUCUAGAGGAACUCUCAAAAUAUGUAGACAUCAGUAUUAUUGCACUUACUCGAAAUCGGAAGACAAGGAGAUGGUACACUUGUCCACUGUGUGGGAAACAGUUUAAUGAAAGUUCUUACCUUAUUUCCCACCAGAGGACUCACACUGGAGAAAAACCCUAUGACUGUAGUCACUGUGGGAAAAGCUUCAAUCAUAAAACAAACCUCAAUAAACAUGAGCGAAUUCAUACAGGAGAGAAACCUUAUUCCUGUUCUCAGUGUGGAAAAAACUUUCGUCAGAAUUCUCAUCGGAGCCGUCAUGAAGGAAUCCAUAUAAGGGAGAAGAUAUUUAAGUGUCCAGAAUGUGGGAAAACCUUCCCAAAGAAUGAGGAAUUUGUGCUUCAUCUGCAGAGUCAUGAGGCUGAGAGACCAUAUGGUUGCAAAAAAUGUGGGAGAAGAUUUGGUCGGCUGUCAAACUGUACCCGGCAUGAGAAAACCCACUCAGCCUGUAAGACUCGAAAGCAGAAGUAAUACCAGGAAAGGGGUCUGAUGGUGCUGCCUCAACCUGAGAGCUUUCAUAAGUAUUUCUGAAUUCCCAGGCUGCCUAAAAAGAUAUAAAUAUGUAAAAAUCUCAUUAUUGCCAAAAUUGGAUAAAUGCCCAUCUUGGCUAAAACCUCAAAUUGCUAGAAAAUUCACAGGGAAGAAAACAUUUCAAGGGCUAUACCUCAGCAUCUAGGCUUUCUGGACUAAGGACCUUUCCUUUUUGAAGUCAUAUGAUAAUGUACAGGUCACAGAUCCCUUUCCCAAGACUUUGAAGAUGAAUCUGGAGUCUGCUUACUUGCAAGGCAAAGAGUGACUUGUGUCUAUUGGAAGUAUAUCCAUUUUUCCCCCACAUGGGGAUUCAUACUUGAGAAAUAGUGCAAAGAUGCUUAUCUGGAACUGUGUUCUCGUGAAAGAACCAAACUACUGGCUUGUUGAGCCAACAGCUUCUGAUAGCAAUUCAUAUAACCCUCUAAGAACACCUGUUUUAAGUCUUGGGUGUUGAAAGGAAUUGUUUACUUUGGAAUAUAGGAAAACAACAAUUGAAUGUCAGACUCUCAUUUGUAUGUGAUCUAAAUUUGCAAUCAAUUUCAAUUUGUGAUAAAAUUGACUUUUACAGAUUCCUUUUCACAACAUAAUUUGUCUACUGUUCUUACUGUAUUUUGUUCAGCUAUUGAUCUCUCCAACAGGCGUCUCAUGCUUCUCCCUUGCUAAAAGAAGUUUGGAUUACUCAGGCAGGGCCAUCCAGCCCCACCACUAGAAAAGCUUUUCAGAAUCUUGUCCCUCUGUUGAGCCCAGAUCUCAUGUGCUAGGAAGGAAACCCCAAGACCCAGAGAGGAGGGGUUGACCUGGAGGCAGGAAAAAGUUGGCUUGGAUCCAUGUCUCAUCAAUAACCUUACCACAUGCUUAGGUUCCCUCUAUGCCGUCAUCAGACCUUUGGCAAUGGGGUGUUCACUACCUCACAAGGCAAAGUGUUGUAUAUUUAGAAAUUAGGUCUGUAGUGGUUAGCUCACAUUGCCCCUCAAGAGACAGGUUUCCAGGUGUCUUCACUGUAGUGGGUAUUCAUUGUCUUCAGCCUCUGAUAUCCAGACCUUCCUGUCCUCUGCCUAGAAGCAAGGCCAGCGGUGCCUUUACGGGACCAAUCCUGUGGUGCGAUUUAGGGAUUCUUGAUCAGUUUUGCUUGCUUUAGGUUUCUGGAGGUUAUACAUUGGUGUUUUGAUUGGAAGAAAGAAAUCCUAUAAAUAAUUUGGGAAAAAUUAUAGUGUAUGUUUCCCAUCCAGAAACAUGCCUUUGUAUUUAUUAGAGUAUUAUAUUCCUGUGAAAAUUUUUCUAAUUUUCUUCACGUUUUACACAAUUUUGUUAUUGUAGUUUUUUCCAUAUUUUUAUAGUUGAUUAUUGCUUUUACAUGGGAAAGUUAUUUUUUAUUAUAUAUUUGUGUAACUAGUCACCUUACUGAAUGUUGUUAAUUUGUUGUUAAUUUUCAGUAGUUUCUUGGUUUACUUCUGUUACAACUUUUGGUAAAAUGACACCAUCUACAAAGAAUAGUUUUGUUUCUUGC